GAUAAAACACCCACGUAUGUUUGUCUUUUGCGAAUACCUACAAAUAACGAACAUAUUACUCGUGUAAAUGUCAAAAUAUGGUAUUGUUUUUCAUUAUAACAUGAAAUUCGUCAUUUAGUAAACUAUUAUUUUAAUGGCAGAGAGUCUUUUUCAUGGCUUAAUGACGACAACGAUGACUAACGACCCCACUCAAGAUUACCUUUUUUAUCAGCGAUUCUUUAUCAUUCUGAUUUCGCUGCGCUCGCGAAUCGGUCAUGUUGGUUUUUAGUGUUGAAAAUUUACAUUUGUAAUGAUACUCGUUUUCAAAUGGUGUUGCAAGUUGAACUGAACUUGUUUAGUGAAUAAAUGAAAGUCCUGUGCAAUAAACGGUGACGCUGGAUCGUUGGUUAGCAAAGAUGGCUUUCGACAGGUUAAUACUGAAGAUUGUAUUGGACUUCCUGGUUUUGGCAUGUGUAUCGAUACCUCUGCUAGUAAUACAUUUGGUGGCGGAGCCCUACCACCGGGGGUACUUCGACGACGACGUGAGUCUGAUGUUGCCGUACAAGCCGCAGACGGUGUCGGAAGGCCUGCUGGCAGGCGUCGGGUUUGCUGUAAUGGUUGUCACGAUAAUAAUAGUGGAGGUAGUGCGGAACAAGCAAGGCAAGGGUAUCGGGGACAAGUUCCUAUCCGGGAACCUGGUCCCAGGUUGGCUGUGGGAGAGCUACACGUCCAUCGGGAUCUUCACAUUCGGUGCGGCGUGUCAGCAGUUGACUGUCAACUCGGCCAAAUACGUCAUUGGCAGGUUGAGACCGCAUUUCUUUGACUUGUGCCAGCCGGUGCCAACCAACUCAACGUCUUCCAACACGAUGGGCUACUACCAGGACUUCACGUGUGUGGGAGUGAAUGCUGACGCGGCGCGUAUGAAGGACAUGCGACUGUCCUUCCCCAGCGCGCACUCCAGUUUUGCCAUGUACACCGCUGUGUUCUUCAUUUUAUUCAUCCAAGUGAAGGGCAAGUGGCGCGGAUCCAAGCUACUACGUCACGGCAUCCAGUUCGCAGUGCUGAUCGGCGCGUGGUACGUGGGGCUGUCGCGCGUGGUCGACCACAUGCACCACUGGAGCGACGUGGCCGUCGGCUUCGCUGUCGGCGCUCUGUGCGGCGUUGUUGUGUUUAUCUUCGUGUUGAAACCAAAGAAAUACGGACCACCUGUGCCGUGGGAGACCGCGCAAGCUGAAAUAUUGCCGAGACCCGUACUUUCGCGAUGACCAGAAGGAUUUACUAGUUUUUUUUUAAUACUUAGAUCAAUGAUGUUAGAAGAAAAAGAGGUAGAUAGGUUACAUAAACCACAUUCAAUGUU